CUCCUCUCGUCUCCUCAAACCCAACCCAAAUCCGACUCGCUUCCUAUAUCUCUCUCUCUCUCUUCGUUUCUUCAACCUCAGCUCUCUCUCUCUAUAAUUGUUGAUACAGAAAUCGUUUUUUUUUUUUUUUUGUUUGAGAAAUUUUUGUUGUUGUGAAAAUGGUACAGAAGACGGAGAAGGAGGAGACGGAGUUCAAGGUGGUACCUGAGACCAUAACGCCGUGCGUCAACAACUGCGGCGUGACCGGGAGCCCGGCCACGAACGGCAUGUGUCAGAAGUGCUUCAACGCCAACACCGCGGCGUCUACCUCCAGCUCCGUCGCGGCGUCAACGGUGCCGAUUCCGCACAAGUUCGCCGAGAAGUCGCCUAGAUCUACCUUCCGGAGGACGUCUCCCGGGAGGACGGUUCCAGAUCUGAAGAAGCUGGAGGAUACGACGGACAAAAGCGACGAGAAAACCGGAGAGAGCUCGCCGGCUCCUGCUAAGAGAGAGGUGAACCGUUGCUCCGGCUGCCGGAGGAAGGUCGGCUUGACCGGAUUCCGUUGCCGGUGCGGCGAGCUCUUCUGCGGAGAGCACCGGUACUCCGACCGACACGACUGCAGUUACGACUACAAAGCCGCCGGCCGGGAGGCCAUCGCGAGGGAGAAUCCUGUCGUGAGGGCCGCGAAGAUCUUCAAACUCUGAAGGUGGAAACACGAAAUAACACGGCGUAUCUACUGGAUUUGGGGUUGGAAACGGAACGUAGCUGGGGAAGGGAGAUCGAUACCUCCAUCGAUCUCCGCAGCUGUUUCCGCUCUUGUUUGUUGCUCUCUAGGGAGUGAAAAUGAAUCGAAAAAAGUGAGAGAAAUUCGUAAUUAAAUUGUUGUGAUGAUAAAAUCUCGCUCUAGCGAUUGUUAUUCAUGGGAUGAUUAAUCUUAUUUCAGAUUUUUCACUUUUUUUUUCUUCGAAUUGAUAGAUAAAAGAUUUGUAGCUUCACGAUUGCUAAUUAGUAAUUUCAAUAGUUUUUGAUUGUGCUGUUCA